UUGGACCACUGUGCCUGAGUAAACACAAUAAUCGCGAUCGGCGACUGGACGAUGAUUUUUUGACUUUCAAGAAGUUUAAUCGAACUCUUAUUUAUUCUUGUGAGCCUGGAGAAGCUGGUGUACUCGAGGUGACACCUAAUUCAUCUUGGCCAGAUACUGUCUACUACAACUCUUUCACUCAUGCUAACAUGGGCUGGAAAAUUCACAUUGUUGAUUAUUACUCUAAAAAUAACAGUUAUAACUCUUUGAAUUCCAGCUUCAUACUUAUGCUCUUAACCAUUAUUGUUUUUUUUUCUUGAUACUAUAAAGUGAGGUUAUUUUGUUUAGAGUUACCUUGAUUUCACGACUAUAAUUACCA